GCAGCCUGCUGACAGUGUAGAGGAAACAUUUGUGACUAAGUGGUCAUGUUGAAUGUCAUGAUCUUCGGCUGGUUGAGUCUCAGCACUGUCCGUGUGGCGUCAGGUCUUGUCCGUACUAACCGCCUGGAGGUCUCGCAUCCGAGCCUGAGGAGGACAGAUACCUCGUUUUUCCCUGGCAUUUCUGUACAAGAUUCAGCUCCUGCAGUGGACACGGUACAACUUCGAAUUGAUUCAAUGGAGGAACAGCUGAUGGUGGAUCCUGUUUCUUAUGAUGAGGAUAUGGCAGAUGCUGUACAGCUCCAAAGGAGAGGCACACGUUCACCAGGCCGCUGUAUUCCACACCAGCAGUCAUGCCUGGGCCACCAGCUGCCCUGCUGCGACUCGUGUGAUACCUGCUAUUGCCGCUUUUUCAAAGCCUUCUGUUACUGCCGCAGCAUGGACCACACUUGUAAACACAGGCGUGCCUAGCACCCAUAACACUGCUCCUGCAGUAGUGGCUGGGUUACAGAUGAUGUGCAGAAAUAAAUCUUAUGCCAAUGUACAUUUAUUAGUAUGCACAAGAAUCCAUAAUGGUACUGCUUUACAUUAAAGUGGCCUGAAUUAACAUAAAACUAAUCAGGAACUUAACAGUUAUGAGCAAAUAUUAUUUGAAAAUGAUUAUUCAGCAUCUACAUUAACAAUAAUAGUUUUAGGUUAGUGGUUGAGCAUUGGACUUGGGAUCAGAAGGUCAUGAGUUCAAAUCCCAGCCCCACCAAUCUGCCCUGCUGGGCAUUUGUGCAAGAACCCUAACCUAUGAUUCUAUAUAUCAGAUCAUUGCAAGAUGCCUUGGAUAAGGCUGUUUGCCAAAAUUAUAAUAAUGUAAACUUUUAAAGACAUGAUGAAUAGAUUAGUUUAUACCAACAUUUCUCAACACAGUUAAGGAACAUUUAUAAAAAAUGUUGUGAAGGUGUUAACGGUAAACUUUAUUAAUAUUUUAUGUGUCCAUUUCAACAAAUGAGGUAAAUAAUAUUAUUAUGUAAAGGAAACCUUAAUGUGAAGUGUACCAUUCAUGAUAAACAUGCCAAAAUAUACAUUUACAAAACCUCACAGGCCUAAACUCAGAUCCUCAGUGCAACAUGCAGACGAAAAAUGUCUAUGAAUUGUUGUAAUUGUUUAUACAUGUACAAAUAUAUAUGUGAAAAUGGUGUCCUUUUUUUUUUACGUUGUUAAAGCAAAUUGGUAUGCAGAACUGCAUUGUAUUAUUUAUAAAUUUUUAAUGUAAUAAAACCUAUAUA